GUGGUACGCUGAUAAACGAUAACAUUAGAGUGCGAAUCCGGUGAUGUUCAUUGUGAGGGCGAAAAGAGAGAGAAGGUGCAAAUGGGUACCCUGUCUCUUCUCAAGUGCUACAGACCCUUUUUCUCUGCGGUUUUCCCUCCCACACCCCGCGCUUCCACCUUCACCAGGAAAAACCUCUCUUCCUUCUGCGCCGGCUCUUCUCCGCCCUUGACGACGGAGAACAAAUCCCACGCCGACGCUCUGCCCUUCAAGAGUCCAUCGCCAGAGGUGUGGCUGCACAACACCAUGAGUAAAACGAAGCAACUGUUCAAACCCAAAGUUGAAUCCAAAGUGGGAAUGUACGUGUGCGGCGUCACCGCUUAUGAUCUCAGCCAUAUUGGACAUGCUCGCGUAUACAUCAACUUCGACCUUCUUUACAGAUACUUUAACCAUUUGGGAUUUCAAGUCUGUUAUGUUCGCAAUUUUACUGAUGUAGAUGACAAGAUAAUUGCUAGAGCAACGGAGUUAGGAGAAGAUCCAAUUAGUUUGAGCCGGCGCUAUUGUGAAGAGUUCUGUCAGGACAUGGCAACUCUUAAUUGUCUGCCUCCCACUGUGGAACCAAAAGUCUCAGAGCACAUGCCCCAAAUCAUUGAUAUGAUUGAGAAGAUUCUUAAUAAUGGGUAUGCCUACGUUGUUGAAGGGGAUGUAUACUUUAAUGUAGAAAAAUUUCCAGAAUAUGGGAAACUAUCUAGUAGAGAUCUAGAAGAUAAUCGAGCUGGUGAGAGGGUUGCAGUUGAUUCAAGGAAGAAAAAUCCUGCUGAUUUUGCUCUUUGGAAGUCUGCAAAACCUGGGGAGCCAUUUUGGGAGAGUCCUUGGGGUCCUGGAAGACCUGGGUGGCAUAUUGAAUGCAGUGCCAUGAGUGCCACUUAUCUUGGUUACUCUUUUGACAUCCACGGUGGAGGAAUCGACCUUGUGUUUCCUCACCAUGAGAAUGAAAUUGCUCAGAGUUGUGCUGCUUGUAAGAAAAGUGAUAUUAGCGUAUGGAUGCACAAUGGUUUUGUCACCAUCGACUCUGUGAAGAUGUCGAAAUCUUUGGGAAAUUUUUUCACAAUACGUCAGGUUAUAGAUGUUUACCAUCCACUGGCUUUGAGAUAUUUUCUGAUGAGCGCUCAUUAUCGAUCUCCUAUCAACUACUCAAAUAUACAGCUUGAAAGUGCUUCAGACCGUGUUUUUUAUGUAUAUGAGACAUUACAUGAAUGUGAAAGCUUUUUGAAUCAGCAUGAUCAGACAAAUAGGAAGGAUUCUGUCCCACCAGAUACUUUGAAUAUUAUUAAUAAGUUCCAUGAUGUUUUUCUGACCUCAAUGUCGGAUGAUCUUCACACUCCAGUUGUAUUGGCUGGAAUGUCUGAUCCAUUAAAAUCAAUUAAUGAUUUGCUGCAUACCCGUAAGGGGAAAAAACAACAAUUUCGAAUAGAAUCACUUGCAGCUUUGGAGAAGAGCAUCAGGGAUGUCCUUAUUGUUUUAGGACUUAUGCCUGCAAGUUACUCCGAGGUUUUACAGCAGCUGAAGGAAAAAGCUUUAAUGCGUGCAAACUUGACAGAAGACGAAGUGUUGCAGAAAAUUGAAGAAAGGGCUGCUGCCAGAAUACAAAAGGAGUAUGCUAAAUCGGAUGCAAUAAGGAAGGAUAUGGCUGUUCUUGGUAUUACUCUUAUGGACAGUCCAAAUGGCACAACUUGGAGACCUACCAUUCCUCUUCCGCUUCAAGAGCACCAGAUUGAUUGAUUCAACAUCUCCAAAGAAAUUUAGUUAUGAUUUGCUCAAUAUGAUUAUUGAUUCUUGAUGCUUUAGAUAUUAGAAUAAUUUUGAUAAUUUAUAUUUGAGAAUACUAUUUUAAAAAUGAA